UAUCCAAUCAAUUUCAUUAAUUAAAGGGUUUGAAAUUUUAUUUUCCCGUAUUUGUAAUAUCCGUAAAUGCCCCCUGACUAUUUUAUUUCUUAAUAUUUAGUUUCCGUCUUUUUGUGCCACCCCUCGCUACAAGCAUGUCCCGAUAGGUCCUUUUUCUCAUUUUUUUGUGCGCACUGUCAUUCAGUUCGCAUUUAUAGUUACAAGUACCUUCAUCCAGGCAAUAAUAAAUGUGAUUAAAGAAAAAAGGCAAACAAUAAACCGCUUUGAAAAUUAUGAAACGCAAAAAUUUUUUUUCGAGUAGUGUGCUGUGUAAAUUGCCUGUCAUAGUAUGCCGUAACCUAACUAAAAAAUUCUUCUGUGUUGGUUGAUUUUCGGUUGUUUUUUGAGUUAAAUUAGCUUAUUUAUUUAAAAAUCUCGUACAUGUGAUAGGAAAUUAAGGUCUUGAAGUGAAAAUGUCGUGUAAGCAGCGGAAAAUUGCGGUUAUGGGGUACAGAUCUGUCGGUAAGUCUUCCCUUAGUAUUCAGUUCGUUGAUGGGCAGUUUGUGGAUUCGUACGACCCUACAAUCGAAAAUACGUUUACAAAGACUGUGAGGAUAAAUUCACAAGAUUAUGAGCUUACGUUGGUAGAUACGGCCGGACAAGACGAAUUGACUCUCUUCCCAUCACAAUAUAGCAUAGAUGUUCAUGGCUACGUUUUAGUGUACAGUAUAACAGAUAUAAGGUCUUUUGAAGUAGUGGGAACAAUUUUUCAUAAACUACAGGAUCUCAACGGAAAGAUCCAAGUGCCGGUUGUUCUGGUAGGUAAUAAAACUGAUCUGCAUAUGGAACGCAUGAUUUCAUAUGAGGAAGGUAAAAAGUUGGCUGAAGACUGGAACGCUAUUUUUCUAGAAACAUCAGCUAAGCAAACUGCUUCUGCUUCUGAAAUUUUCCACAUGUUGUUGUCAGAAAUGGAAAAAAUCGAUGGUAUUUUGGGUGACAGACCGAAUUGUAUUAUAUCUUAAAAGGGAUGACUGGAAACACAUUCAAAUUGCUUUCUUAUUUUCAAUAAUUUAUAGCUUCACUUCCCUUUUUAGUGAUAGUAGAAAGUGAUAAUGUUAGCAUAUAUUUUUCAAAUUGCUAUUUUGUGAUGUACUGUUUAAAAUUUAUUUAUGAUAUUAAAAGUACAAAUUUUUGUCAGCUUGAUUGUAAGUUUCACCUUGUAUGUUUUCUGUCAAGUUUGUUAUGCAAUUGGUGGCCUCUGUUUAUUGUAUUGUAUUUAUAUGAGUGUUUAAAAGUCACAAUUGGAUAAAAAACUUGCGUUAAGUCAUUGAAAUUUUAAUUAUUGUUAAAGAUGUAGCUAUAUUCUGCAGUUCACAAACUUUGCAAUCAAGAAAUAUAUUUUACUGACAAUUUCUUCAUUGGAGAUUACUCUAGAUUAUAUGUAUAUUUAUUAUUACUAUUUUUGUUAUUAAACAUGAUGUGAACAA